AAAUAGCAGUGUCUACCUUUGACUGUACAAACUCAAAACUAUUUUGUACAAACAUUUUUUUUUCUGGGAUUUAGCAAUCCUGUGAAUCACUAAACUAAUAUUUAGUUGUAUGACCACAGUUUUUUAAAACUGCUUGACAUCUGUGUGGCAUGGAGUCAACCAACUUGUGGCACCUCUCAGCUGUUAUUCCACUCCAUGAUUCUUUAACAACAUUCCACAAUUCAUUCACAUUUCUUGGUUUUGCUUCAGAAACAGCAUUUUUGAUAUCACCCCACAAGUUCUCAAUUGGAUUAAGGUCUGGAGAUUGGGCUGGCCACUCCAUAACAUUAAUUUUGUUGGUUUGGAACCAAGACUUUGCCCGUUUACUAGUGUGUUUUGGGUCAUUGUCUUGUUGAAACAACCAUUUCAAGGGCAUGUCCUCUUCAGCAUAGGGCAACAUGACCUCUUCAAGUAUUUUAACAUAUGCAAACUGAUCCAUGAUCCCUGGUAUGCGAUAAAUAGGCCCAACACCCUAGUAGGAGAAACAUGCCCAUAUCAUGAUGCUUGCACCUCCAUGCUUCACUGUCUUCACUGUGUACUGUGGCUUGAAUUCAGAGUUUGGGGGUCGUCUCACAAACUGCCUGUGGCCCUUGGACCCAAAAAGAACAAUUUUACUCUCAUCACUCCACAAAAUGUUCCUCCAUUUCUCUUUAGGCCAGUUGAUGUGUUCUUUGGCAAAUUGUAACCUCUUCUGCACAUGCCUUUUUUUUAACAGAGGGACUUUGCGGGGGAUUCUUGAAAAUAGAUUAGCUUCACACAGACGUCUUCUAACUGUCACAGUACUUACAGAAGUGAAUCAGUGUCCGAAGAUGAAUUCAGAGCCGAAUCUGGAUUCACUGGAUGAAAGUCAAAACAGAAAUGAAAUUUACAGAUGUGGUUUCUGUCACAAACGACUGAAGUCCAGAACAUCUAGUUGAGACACUUUGUUUAGUUCUACAGAACAAUAUCUUAAUAUUUAUCUUUAACUUAUGUUUAUAUUUUAACAUUCUAUAUUCAUAUCUUCACAGAUCAACAUGAAUGUUCAGAGACAGAAGAGAAACAGAGAAAAAAACAAGUCCAGAGGAAUGACCAGGCUGCCACUGGAAUCAACUUGAAUAUAAAUGCUGACACAUGUGCAAGUGUAAAUGCUCCAUUAAUGAUUGGAAACACCUUUAAAAAAGAAGUAUACAUUUGUCCUGCAAUAAAUGAAAAACAGGAACCCUCAGAGACGGCAGAGGAACGGAGAGAAAAACAAAACAGAUUGAGGCUGCAAUUCUUGAAAACUCACAAAACCAAAAUGAAGAAAAAAGCCAAAUAUAUUUUUGAGUACAAGAAUGAUAAGGAAGUACAUCUCAAAGAUGUUUACACAGAACUGUUCAUCACAGAAGGAGAUAUGAAAGAUGUCAAUCACGAGCAUGAGAUUCAACAGAUUGAUGAUGCUCUAAAGACCCAGAACUCACAGGAUAGACAAAUUAACUGCAAUGACAUAUUUACAUCAUUAAGCAGAAAAAAUGAGGAAAAGAUUGUGCUGACCAAGGGCAUUGCUGGCAUUGGAAAAACAGUGUCUGUGCACAAGUUCAUCCUGGACUGGGCAGACGAAGAAGCCAAUCAGGAAAUAGAAUGUGUGUUCCUGCUUCCAUUCCGAUAUAUGAACUUAAUGACAAAUAAAGAACUCAGUCUCCAUGAAUUUCUGGUGAAAUUUUAUCCUGAACUGAAGGACUUGGAUGAAGCAAUGCUAUAUAAGGAAUGUAAGCUUGCAUUUAUAUUUGAUGGACUUGAUGAGAGUCGCCUGCCUCUAAAUUUUAAAAGUAGUUUUCUGAACACUGUUGAUGAAAGAGCAUCUGUAGAUGUGCUGUUUACAAGUCUGGUCAAAGGGACAUUGCUUCCAUCAGCUCUCAUCUGGGUGACCUCACGACCAGCAGCGGCCAAUCUGAUCCCUCCAGAGUAUGUAGGUUUGUUCACAGAGGUGCGAGGAUUCACUGACGAACAGAAGGAGGAGUACUUCAGAAAGAGAAUCACAGAUGAAAGUCUGGCCUCCAUAAUCAUCUCACACAUUAAGAAAUCUCGUAGUCUCUACAUAAUGUGCCACAUUCCUGUGUUCUGCUCGAUCACAGCCAUAGUUCUUCAAGAUAUUCUCAAGAACAAUACAGAGAACAUCAGCACAACACUCACUGAAAUGUACAUUCACUUCCUGCUGAUACAGAUGAAAAUAAAGAACCGGAAGUAUGAUGAACAAGAAGAAAGGGAACGUAUAAAGCUCUUAGGUUCAAAUAGAGAAAUGCUUUUAAAAUUAGCCAAAUUAGCGUUUGAACAGCUGAAGAGGGAGAACGUUGUAUUCUAUGAGGAUGAUUUGGAAGAAUGUGAUAUUAGGGUGAAUGUAGCCACUGAGUUUACAGGAAUGAUUGCUGAGAUCUUUAAGGAGGAAUAUGGACUUCACGAGACAAAGUUCUUCUGCUUUGUGCAUCUGAGUGUUCAAGAGUUCCUCGCUGCACUGCAUGUGUUCAUCUGCUACCUGAACAAGAACAUGCAGGAGCUUCAGUUUUUCUUUGAUGAGCCAAAAGAAAAUGUCACAUUGCAGGAGAUACUGCAGAAAGCUGUUGAUAAAGCUAUAAAGAGUGAGAAAGGACAUCUGGACUUGUUCCUGCGGUUUCUAAUGGGCAUUUCACUGAAAUCUAGUCAAAACCUGCUCAAAGGCUUGUUCACAUACCCUGAAGCCUCAACAGAAAGCACCACACAAAUAGCUGAAUACAUUAAACUAGUGCAAAAUGAAUACAAUAUUUCAGAUGAAAGGUCAGUCAAUCUAUUUUACUGUCUACUUGAGCUCAAGGAUCAUUCAUUAUAUGAGGAAAUCCUGAGUUACCUCAGUUCAGAUAAACAUCCAGGAAAAAAACUCUCAUCUUCAAUGUGCACAGUGCUAACCUCAGUGCUGCUCAUGUCAGAGAAGGUGCUGGAUGAGUUCAACCCAAAAAAAUUCACAUCAUCACAAACAGACUACAAUAGACUCAUUCCUGCUAUGAGAUGCUGCAGAAAAGCACUAUUUGACAACUGUGGUCUUGAUGAAACAUGCUGUGGAACUGUAUCUUCUGCUUUACAAGCAUCAAACUCCCAUCUGGUAGAGCUGGACCUGAGUAGCAAUAACUUAGGAGAUUCGGGAGUGAAGCUGCUUGAACUGGAGAGAUUACACUGUCAACUAAAAAUACUGAGGAUAUGUGGAUGUAAUCUCACUGCUCAUUCCUGUACAAGUUUAUCUUCAGCUCUAGAGUCUCCAAACUCCCAUCUGAAUGUGCUGGACCUGAGUAACAAUGAUCUGCAGGAUUCAGGAGUGGAGCUGCUUUCUGAAGGACUGAAGAGUCCAAACUGUCAGCUGACGAUACUGAGAUGUUCCAUAUGUUAUCUCACUGCUCAUUCUUGUGGGAGUUUGUCAUCAGUUUUACAAUCCUCGAACUAUGUGCUGAGAGAGCUGGACCUGAGUAAUAAUGACCUGCAGGAUUCAGGAGUGAAGAUUCUUUCUGAAGGACUGAAGAAUCCAAACUUUCAGCUGAAGAUACUGAGGUUGUCUGGAUGUAUGGUGACAGAAGAAGGCUGCCAUUAUUUGUCUUCAGCUCUGACUUCUAACCCCUCACACCUGAUAGAGCUGGAUCUGAGCUACAAUUACCCAGGAGAUUCAGGAGUCAAGCUGCUCUCUGAAAAACUGCAGGAUCCAAACUGCAAACUGGAUAAACUUAAUGUGGAUCAUGGAGGAGAAUCCAGGAUUAUAGCAGGGCUAAAAAAAUAUGCCUGUUUUCUCACACUGGAUCAAAACACAGCAAAUACUCAACUCAAUUUGUCUGAAGAGAAAAGAAAGGUGACAUGUUUGGAUGAGAAACAGUCAUAUCCUGAUCAUCCAGACAGAUUUGAUGUGUAUCCUCAGGUGUUGUGUACAGAGAGUUUUUAUGGACGCUGUUACUGGGAGAUUGAGUGGAGUGGUGAUGAUGGUGUGUAUAUAGCAGUGUCGUAUAAGAGCAUCAGCAGGAAGGGAGAUGGUGAUGAGCAAUGGUUUGGAUGUAAUGAUCAGUCCUGGAGUUUGAUCUGCUGUCCUGACAGAUACUCAUUCAGACACAAUAAGAUAGUGACUUGUCUCUCUGUGAAGCCCAUCAGUCGUAGAAUAGGAGUGUAUGUGGAUCACAGUGCAGGAACUCUGUCCUUCUACAGCGUUUCUGACACAGUGAGACUCAUCCACACAAUCCAGACCACAUUCACUCAGCCACUCUGUCCUGGGUUUAAAGUUUAUUAUAAAUCAUCUGUGAAACUGUUUUGAUAAUUGAUGGGAGAUUCUACCAAUAAUGCUUUGAGCUGCAUGAUAAAUCAGUAACAGUGAGGUGUUAGAUGUUAUUUCUCUAAAAUACAUUAAUACCGCAGCUGAACUUAUGUCAGUGAAAAAUAGAAUAAACAAAAUGUGUGUAAUAAAUAUUCAUAUAAACAAUAAGAUCAGUGUGUGUUUGUGCAAAAGCAAACUGUGUGUUGCUUCAAGAGUGCAACCGUACAUUUGUGUUGUGCGUUUAUUCUUAUAUAUUCAUUUAUUGAUUUUUUAUUAUUUUUCAUAUAAUCAUUUAUUCCAUUAAAUCAUAUGAUAGUUUAUGAUAAUCAUUUUAACCAUUUAUAUACUAAUUUCAUUGAUUUGUUCAUUAAUUUGUCAUUUAUAUUAUUGUUUUUUAUAUAUAUUUUACCAUUGUUGAUUAGUCUUAUGAUGUGUGUCUUUUAAGAGCCAUGUGUCACAGCCACUUGUUGGUGUGCCAGUGUUAGCAGAGGGCACUCUUUUGAACUCUCGAUUGUUUGCAUUGAACUCCAACUCCCAUCACCCUUUGCCUAGACUAUCUUAUUGUCCUCAGCUGUGGGUGCUAACUCCUUAAGCCCACCUGUAUAUAUACAAGAUACUGAGUUUUGGUUUGUGGAAGAAUUGUUUUGUGUUUUUUAUCUUUGCUGGUGUCCGAUUUGUUUCAUCUUGUGUGAUGUUUUUGCCCCUUUUGUCUUGUGUAUUACGAUUUUGGGUUUCUUUAUUAAAUAAUGCAUGUGGAUCUUUCA